CAAUGUGGUCUUGCCUUAGAGGCACAUAGCGGAACUUUGCAUUUGGUACACCAUAAAUUGCUUUGUGGAGGAUGGUCACCAUCUAAUAAGCGUGUUAAGGGUAGUUCAAAAUUUUUAUUUACGACGAUUCGUUUUCCCUUUGAUAGAGCUUGA